CAAUAAUCAUUUCGAAUAACUUUCGAAGAAAUUGGAGAAUAAUGUAAAAGAGGAAAGACGAAUCAUGGAGGUUUUGUAAAAGACGGCCUUAAAAACUGAUUAUUAUUAGAGUUAGUUUUUGUGUAUUCUCAAAAUGAGGCUCGUGGGAUUUACGAUCGCCAUGUAUGGAUUCCUCGGAUUUUGCAGUGAAUCUGCGGUUUACGCGCAGAGAAACGUCGUGGGCAAUCGAGGGUCUACAAAAACAAGAGCUGUUAAUCUUUAUCUUAUUAACGAUGAAGCCAACAAAGUAGCAAACAGUAGCAUAAUAGCGGCGUUAGAGACAAUCAAUGAAAAAUACCCGAAUUAUUUGGGCGAGGUUUGGAGCGUUCAAGUGAAUGAAUCUGACGUCAACGAUACUCUCGAUCGUAUCUGCAAACCUUGGGAUUCGGCUGUAAAAAAAGGAGGAACCGGAGUUCCAGAUUUAGUUAUAGACACGACGACAGCCGGUUUAGGGGCCAAGAUAUCUAACUCAUUCACAGCUGCUUUGGGAAUCCCCACGUUAUCCGCACAAUACGGUCAAGAAGGAGAUCUUUUAUACUGGAGGAACUUAAACACAGACCAGGAAUCCUAUUUGAUUCAAGUGAUGCCUCCGACAGAUUUAAUACCAGAAGUAAUCAGACAAUUGUGUAUUCAGUUGAACAUAACAAACGCUGCGAUUCUGUACGAUCGUAAUUUCGUCAUGGAUCAUAAAUAUAAAAGUUUGUUGUUGAACGUGCCAACAAGACACGUGAUCAACGAAGCUUCUCAGCAAAUAAUGGAAAUGAGAACACAGUUACCUCGUUUACGAGAUUUGGAUAUAGUGAAUUAUUUCAUUCUUGGUGAUGAAAAUACCAUCAAUAUAGCUCUGGAAGCGGCAGAAGCUUUAAACUUUACUGGCAAAAAGUACGGUUGGUUUUUAUUGACUCCGGAACUUAACGUUUGGCCGAGAUGCGAGUGUAAAAAUAUGAACAUCCUCUUCAUGAAGCCAGAAUUUAACAAGAAAAGCCCAAUAGAGUCAUCUUUGUCAAACCCGGUUAUUUCUUCCGCAUUUUAUUAUGAUUUAAUACAAUUAGGCGUUCGGGCAAUGAAAUCGGCCUUGGAUGACGGAGAAUGGCCAGUAGAACCUAAGCAUAUCACAUGUGACGAAUAUGAUAAAACUAAUACCCCAGAAAGAAAGGUGAACUUUUUUAAUAGGUUAAAGGAAAGUUAUAAAAACAUGACACCGACUUAUGCUGGAAUUAAAUGGGGAUCGAAGAAUGGAGAACACCGGGCCAAGUUCGAGAUGUCCAUUCAUUUAGUGGACAUAAAAGAUGGGAUUGUUUCAAACACUAUCGAUAGCGGAUCUUGGAACGCGAGUAUCUCCGCACCAUUGCAGAUAACGAACAACGAAGUGAUGAAUACCACAGCGGUGAAGAGCUACCGUGUAGUCACCAUAAUUCAUCCACCAUUUGUAAUGUACAACGAAGAAAACGGCACGUAUUACGGUUUCUGCAUCGACUUGCUGGACGAGAUUAAAGACACGGUAGGCUUUCAGUACGAAAUACGAGAAACGGAGGACAGACGAUAUGGAAGUUUAAAUCCGAAUGGGAGUUGGAACGGAAUGAUGAAAGAGCUGAUCGACAAACGAGCUGAUAUCGCUCUAGGAUCAGUCUGGGUCACAGCGGAAAGGGAGAGGGUGGUCGAUUUUACGGUGCCUUACUACGAUCUGGUCGGUCUGUCCAUCAUGAUGUUGAAAACGAAAACAACCAGCUCGCUAUUCAAAUUCCUCACGGUAUUGGAGAACGAGGUCUGGUUCUGUAUCCUAGCCGCUUAUCUCUUUACCAGCGUCUUGUUGUGGAUCUUCGACCGUUGGUCUCCGUACAGCUACCAGAACAAUCGAGAAAAGUACAAGAACGACGACGAGAAAAGAGAAUUCAAUUUAAGGGAGUGUUUCUGGUUUUGUAUGACUUCCUUGACACCACAGGGUGGCGGAGAGGCUCCAAAAAAUCUUUCCGGACGACUGGUCGCUGCCACUUGGUGGUUAUUCGGAUUUAUAAUCAUCGCAUCGUACACGGCGAAUUUAGCUGCGUUUCUGACAGUGUCCAGGCUAGAAAUUCCAAUCGAAACGUUGGAGGAUCUCAGUAAACAGUAUAAGAUUCAAUAUGCGCCGGUGAUAAAUUCUUCAGCUUAUAUUUACUUCAAGAGAAUGGCUGCCAUUGAAUGGAAAUUCUACGACAUCUGGAAGGAAAUGAGCCUUAAUGAUAGUUUGUCAGAUGUAGAGAGGGCAAACUUGGCAGUGUGGGAUUACCCUGUCAGUGACAAAUACACGAAAAUGUUGCAAGCCAUGGAAGAGGCUGGAUUUCCAGCUUCCACCGAAGAAGCGCUACGACGAGUUCGGCGUCUUGAUUCGAAUAACGAGUUCGCUUAUAUAGAAGAUUCAACGACCAUUAAGUAUCUUACUAUGACGAACUGUGACCUGGUCCAAGUAGGCGAAGAUUUUUCGAGGAAGCCUUACGCCAUUGCAGUUCAACAGGGAUCGCCAUUGAAGGAUCAGUUUAACAAUGCAAUUUUGAUACUACUAAACAAGAGGAAAUUGGAGAAAUUAAAGGACACAUGGUGGAAGAAGAACCCUGACAGAAAAGACUGCGACGCAGAAAACAGUCAAAGUGACGGUAUAAGCAUCCAAAAUAUCGGAGGAGUAUUCGUUGUUAUAUUUCUAGGUAUUAUUUUUGCUUGUUUCACUUUGGCCUUUGAAUACUGGUACUAUCGACACCGUACGAAGAUCACGAAGAUUAAUCUGAACAGCACAACCAAAGGGAAAGUCACACAAGUAAAACCACUUAGAUUCAACUUACAGCCGGCGCCUACGCACGGUUUUCAGAAUAGCCAACUCAGACCAAGAUUUUGAGUGUGUCUGUGAUAAAGAAAAAAAAAAAAGAUAUUCAUGAAUCGAUCAUCGUGUAUUACAGAUAUAUCACUUCAAUGUUAAUACUUACCGUUGGUUAGUGUUCAAUAAAAACAUAAAAAGACGAUGUACAGGAAUAUCUAAAAAAUUAACAAUUUUUUUUAUUACAGAAGAAAGUCUGGACCAGAAUUAUAAAUGACAUAGAGCUUCAGCGUUUGCAAUGCCUUUAUUUGGUUACUCCCUUUGCGUACAUUACUUCGCGCAGAGAAUACAUAUUCGGAUAUUCUUUCGUUUCUUUUCCCUCAUAUUCCAUUCACUUUCUUCGCAUCACAAUUCACGUACAUUGCUUGUCAUUUUAACUAACCUUCCUCGCGACGUCUUAACAUAUCACCAUUUUUUUUUUCUUUUUUUUUUAAAUAACGUUUUACUCACCCUUUUCCUUUCGCUCUAAAAGGCAUUCGUUUUUUUUUCUUUUUCUAAUAACGUUGUUCUCACGUUUUCGUCCGCUUAUCCGCCUUUUCGCCGAGGUAGGCGUAGUAUUUUGUUUUCAAGUUAUACGGUUCUUUUUUUUAUAUACAUAUAUAUUUUUUGUUUUUCCUCACACGUACGCUUUCAAUAAUAUUUUCCGAUAUUCUCUCUGAGGGAGCAUUGGAAAAGCAUUGGAUACUCUGGGUUUCUUUAAAACGUGGGAUCUGGUGGAUGAUGGAAUUGGGGGACAGGGUAUUAAUCAUCUAGGAUGUUAAAUUAUAAUUAGGGG